AUGGAGAUCAGCCCCUGUCUGCUGGACUUUCUGGAAAAAGCACUUGAGACAAUUCCUAUCACUCCAGUGGAAACUACACAGGAGGAAGACAUGGGUCAGUUUGAUACAGUGGAACAGCUCGAGGAAUCGACCACCUCCCUGGUUUCCUCUUUAACGUCGGCGUACUCCUCCUUCCCCGUGGAUGUGGUUGUCCACGUCAGAGUCCAGCCCUCUCAGAUCCGCUUCAGCUGCCUGCCAAUGUCCAGGGUGGAGUGUAUGCUCAAACUGCCCUCGUUAGACCUGGUCUUCUCCUCUAACCGUAGAGAGCUGGAGACCCCGACAGGAGCCCAUGUGACAGACGGGUCACACCAGCCCUCCUCAACUCCACCCGGGCAGCAUAUCCCCAAACCACCUCCCAGCAAAGCAUCUCCGUUGUUGGGGAGCCCUCUGGGCAGAAGCCGUCACAGCAGCAGCCAGUCCGACCUCACCGGGCCCCCGAGUAACUCUUCGGGCCUCAGCUUUACAGCCUGCAUGUCUGACUUCUCCCUCUACGUCUUCCACCCCUACGGCACCGGAAAGCAGAAAUCUGCAGUCACGGGGUUGCCUCCGGGCCAAGGGCCGUUAGACUCUCUGAGCAUCAACCUGGAGUUUGUGAAGGUCAGCUUAUGGAGGAUGAGGCGAACAGGAGGCCCCACUUUCAUCCAGAGCUUUACUCCUCCUAAAGGGGGUAAAAUGGACACCACCCUCAUCAACAUCUCAGCUGUGUGUGACAUCGGCUCGGCUUCCUUCAAGUACGACAUGAGAAGACUGAGUGAGAUCCUGGCCUUCCCGAGAGCCUGGUAUCGUUGA